AUCCACGGCCGCAGCCCGCAGGUACCAUGGCUUACACGUUAAGGAUCCGUUGCCGUGCUUCUGACGACCACAGUCUCGCAAUCGUUGAUGGCGAAGUGAUCCUCACAAACGCCGACCCGAACGACGACCGUCAGGCAAGAAAUGCUCUUCUCUGCUUAGUCACACGUCCGUUUCUUACUUGGCUAUGCCAUGCAUGCGUGAUUUGUUUUCUGUGUGCACGUCCGUUCUGUGCAUUCCCUUUCCCUCCCACCACCUUUGAUGUAGCUCUGGUACAAGGACGUGAGGUACGCUGAGGGCCUCAAGGAUGAGGCGGGCAGCCCAGCGUUUGCCCUCGUGAAUAAAGCGACCGGAGAUGCCCUGAAGCACUCCUUCGGCUACAACCUACCAGUAAGCCAAAUUGCUCCCCGCAUUUCCGUGAGAUCGAUUCAAUUAUGUUCCAUGAUUUUCUCUACAGGUCCGUGCCAUAAAGUUCGACCCGGGGUAUCUGGACGAGUCGGUCCUGUGGGCCGAAAGCGAGGAUCUGGCCGACGGCUUCCGGCGGAUCCGCAUGGUCAACAACACGGACUACAUCUUCGACGCGGAGAAGGCCAUCCCUCGGUACGGCGGCGUGCGUGACGGCACGCGGCUCAUCCUUUACCGCUGGAACGGCGGCAAGAACCAGCUGUGGGAGAUCGCCCCCACGGCAGAGCGCGCGCAGCACGUCCGGAUAGUUUGUCAGUGCAACCAGGACCUGAGCCUCGCUGUUCGUGACGGCACCGCCGUCCUCGCCCGCACCGACCACGAGGAGGAGACCCAGUGUUGGAUCCAGAGCUUUCGGAACACUGGACGCGUGACGGACCAGGAGGGCCACCGGCCGUUUGCGCUGGUGAACAGAGCGACCGGGGAGGCGCUCAGACGCCCUCGUGCCACCAGUCGAUUCAAGUCGUCGGCUACAGCCCGGACUCGGUCGACGUGGCGCUUCUGUGGACGCGGAGCGACGACCUUGGAGAAGGGUUCCAUUACAUCCGGAGCGUCAGCCACAUCGGUUUUGUACUGGAUGCGUCAGAGGGCGGGCCUGAAUCCGGAGGGGCGCAUGACGGCACGUCUGUCAUCUUAUUCUCGGCCCACGCUGGCGUAAAUCAGAAGUGGAAGGUGCUGCCGUUUCAUUGAUGAGUUUGUUGCUCCACUGUUUGCUUAAAUUUAGUCGUAAACUAUUGGUUUGUUUUGGCCUUGUGACCGCAUGCAUGGAUUGACAUCGAUCUGUGUGACUGUGUCUGCACUCUGCUUAUGUUAAUGUUUACCACUCGGCGUAACUCGGUGAGAUUCGGAGGAAGUUUUGCUUGAUGAUCUGCUGAAUUACCUCUGAUGAAUAAGAUAGACCAGUCUCCUUAUUUCUUGGCAGAUAUUGUACUGACAGAUUCUAUUAUAUACUAAAAGCAAUAUGAGGGAUA